ACCUGGGCUUCGUUUCCAAAUUCCGAUCAACUCAUCGGUUCAUAUUGAUCGGGAACCAUGGAGUGCGCCGGCAGGGGAAGCCGAACCCCAUGUUCCGGUCCGGCGAUGAGACGUUGCCAUCGCUGCCAAGCUGUAGCUUAUUGCUCCAUUUCUCACCAGGUAUCACAUGGGAGUGUACACAAGAAAGAGUGUCAAAGGUUGGAACAGCAAAUGAAGCAUGGACAUGUUGUGAGUGAUUUCCCUUUUACAUUUUCUGAAGAAGCUACUAUGCAGGUGUGUAAUAAACGGGAAACAAGGUGUUCGUUCUUGAUAAAACAAGGCGUUCACCGAAUAGGAAUGUGGACGUUUGAAUGUAGCUGUGGGGCAUCAACUGGUAUAUUUGAUUGCUCAAGGCUCAUGAAAGACUGGAACCUAUCUAUUACACUGUGUCCUUGUAGAGAGCCAUCCACUCCGUUACCCAAGUUACUUAGUGGUUGGAAAGAAUAUUAUGAAUGGAGGUGCAUUCCGCUUGAUUCUCCUGUUGCUUUGCUACUUCACUGGAAAUCAAUUGUGAAACUCACUGGCUCAUUUGUAGUACUAUCAUUCUCUUGCUUUUUCCAGUCGCUGACGCUGUAUUGGGCUAUUAAGCUGGCAGUUCAAGGGAACCUGAUUCCUGAAAUUAGUAACGAGCUACACAUACAUUAUUUGGGUCCUGAAAAAGAGCUUCAUCAGCUUGCUGUGUUCAGUGAACUGCAUGCAGUUUUUCCUGAUGUUCAAAUCCAUAUUGAUCUCGUGGGACCUGCAGUUCCAGAAGAAAGGAAUGGUGAGAGAAUUGAACUUCGUGAUUAUGCUCAUUGUAUAGAGACCAACUGCAAGUGUAAAUGUUCGGCUGAGAGUUUUGACCCAACGUCAUUACAAAGUGGAUCUUCAGCCAUUACAUUAAAGCUUCAUAAUGGUUAUUAUCAUGAUUGUUAUAAAGAUCUUAUGAAGGAUACUCCUCCUAAUCUAAUUAUUGCACCGAAUGCUGGUGUUGCUGCUUAUAGAAGCUGGCUACAAACCAUUGAGCUGAUAAAUGAGAUAAAAGUUCCAGCAUUUUUCUCCGAUUACUGUGAAGAAGCUUGUAAUCUGGCGACUAGUUGCAUAAGCUCUGUCACUGGGGCUUCUCCUACCAUUCCUAUCCAACUAAAUCCUUUUAGGCAACCCCUUGCAGUAGAAGACAGUGCCCUGUUUCUUCCAUGCUACUCAAAUUGCUUCAUCUUUGGGAUUUGACUUACCUUCUUCAGAGUAUCUCAAGGAUGCCGUGAUUUGUCUCUAUUAAAACAUAGUAGCAGACUGAAGAGUAUAAUGUUUAGACUAAGAAGCGCGCCCACACGUGUAGCCUCGUCGUCAAUGAAAUGGGUUGAAAAUCAUGGGUCUCAGGUUCAAUUCCCAAACCGAAGCAAGAACAUUACGUGAUUUCUCUUCAUUGGUCCAAUCCUUGAUGGACAGAGUUACUUGGUAUAUGUGUUGGUAGAAAGUAGUAGAUAGCUCGUGGAAUUAGUCAAGUACAUCCAAAGCUUGACUUUAUCUGUAUUCCUUGAGGUGAUGCUAAAAUGUGUCCUCAGUUCAACUUUGAGUAAAUAUUUGUUUUAGUUCAAUUAUAAAACUCUCUCUGUA